AUGAAUGACUGCGCUAUCAGAUUGCCCGCCGAAGACGACAAAUGGCUAAAUUUCCGGAAUAUAAACCACAAGGAACGAGUGCCAUUCAUCGUCUACGCAGACCUCGAGUGUGUGCUGCGGAAGACACAACAUGAUGCAGAGCAAGCGUCGUACACAUAUCAACAACAUGAAGUGUUCAGCAUCGGAUAUUACGUGCGAUGCUCGUACAACGAUGCGUUAUCUACCUAUAAGUUUCGUCGCGAUAAAGAUUGUAUUGCAUGGUUUACCAAACAACUGGAAGAAUUGACGCAUAAUGUUAAGAUUCGUUUAUCCACUAAUGUCCCCAUGGAAACGUUAUCGAAGGAACAAUUGGAGGCAUACCGUAGCGCGACGUGGUGUCAUCUGCGAUAAACCGUUCACGUCGGACGAUA